AGCAAACAUUUCUAAAGGAAUAUACUGUGUGAGUGUAGUAGAGAUUGGGAGAAGUUGUGUUUGACAUCUUUAGACACACCCACUAAUCCAACACUCGUCUGAUGUCAGGAGUAUCCAGUGUCACUCGCAGGUCCUGGAACAUCUUUCUCUUUUAGGCUGGAUUUCCAGUACAUGGUGAAUUUCAUUUGUUAGCUUCAAUCCUGCUCUGCCAAAUCUCACAGCAUGUCGGGUGCCUACGAUGAGUCCGCCAUGUCCGACGAGACCACAGACAGUUUCUGGGAGGUUGGGAACUACAAGCGUACGGUAAAGCGAAUCGAGGAUGGCCAUCGACUCUGCAAUGACAUGAUGAGUUGCAUACAGGAGCGUGCCAAGAUCGAGAAGGCCUAUGCCCAGCAGCUCACCGACUGGUCUAAGAGGUGGAGGCAGCUCGUGGAGAGAGGGCCGCAGUACGGUUCUCUGGAGAGAGCCUGGUUAGCUGUGAUGACAGAAGCAGAAAAAGUGAGCGAGUUGCAUCAAGAGGUGAAAAAUAACCUGCUGAACGAGGACUUAGAGAAGGUGAAGAACUGGCAGAAAGAUGCCUACCACAAACAAAUGAUGGGCGGAUUCAAAGAAACCAAAGAGGCGGACGAGGGUUUCAGGAAAGCCCAGAAACCAUGGGCCAAAAAACUCAAAGAGUUGGAAACAGCAAAGAAAACAUACCAUAUGGCCUGCAAGGAAGAAAAAAUUGCAUCUACAAGGGAGGCCAAUAGCAAAGGAGAGGCGUCAGUCACAUCAGAUCAGCAAAAGAAACUACAAGAGAAGGUGGACAAGUGCAAAAAUGACGUUCAGAAGGCCAAAGAGAAAUACGAGAAGACCCUUGAUGAGCUCAGCAAGUGCACGCCGCAGUACAUGGAGAACAUGGAGGUCGUGUUCGAGUCGUGCCAGCAGUUUGAGGAGAAGAGGCUGAACUUCCUCCGCGAGGUGCUUCUGGAUGUCAAACGCCAUCUUAACCUCACUGAGAGCCAAAGCUAUGCCGCAGUCUACCGGGAACUGGAGCGUACCAUCACCUCAGCCAGCGCCCAAGAAGACCUCAAGUGGUUCAGCAGCGUCCACGGGCCCGGCAUGCACAUGAACUGGCCACAGUUUGAGGAGUUCAACCCAGAACUGAGCCACUCCAUUAAUAAGAAAGAGAAGGUGAAGAGGAACCAUGAUGGAGUCACGUUGACUCACGUCACGCAUGGUGUAGAUCAGGGCACACCGAAGUCUGGAGACCGGGGCAGCGUGAGCAGUUACGAGAAGAACCAGCAGUAUUCUGCCGAGUGGUCUGAUGACGAGCAGCCGCCUGCCGCCCGACCAGCCAGUGAAACUAAUGGUGGUGAAAAUCCAUUCGAUGAGGAGAGUAAAGGAGUGCGAGUGAGAGCGCUGUAUGACUACGAUGGCCAAGAACAAGACGAGCUCACAUUUAAAGCUGGAGACGAGCUGACCAAACUGGAAGAUGAGGACGAGCAGGGUUGGUGCAAAGGCCGACUGGACAGCGGUCAGCUAGGCUUGUACCCGGCUAACUACGUGGAGCCCAUUUAGUUGCCUCAUGCGGUGAAGAAGGCCUUAAAGACUUACCCCACGCUGCUCGAAUGCGAGAUUCCGGAGAAACUAUUUCCUUGCCUGAUUGACUUGCUGAGAAGCUUUACGCAGCAUUUCUUUAAUACCGUAACGAAAACCUACAGCAUCCAAAACACAUAUCGAAUCCCAGCGAGAGCAGGGAAUGAUUCUGUGCGUCUAUAUAGCCAUGUUCAGUAUGAGUUAUUGUGCUGCUGACAUGUGUUUGCGUAUGGUCUUCUGUAACAAUAUUAAUGUACUGACGUCCAUGAAGCCUAGCAUAGCAAGAAUCAGCUAUGCAAUGUGUAUACUAGACUUUUAUUUUGAAGUGAAAUGUUCUGUGUUGAACCUAGUGAACAUGAAACAGCAUUUCGCUUACAUAAUCUGACGUAUUUAUGUGUGAAAUAAGAUAUUCAAUGAGAACAAAUUUAGGGUGGGGCUUGAUUCUAUGUUAAUUGGAUUGUGAAAAGUGGGCGUUGCCAGAAUGGAUUGGAGGGGAGGGGGUUAAAAUUUAAAGGGAUUGGUGACAUCAUUCAACAAGGAGAGUUGAUGUGGAGGUGGAGCAUUUUAAAAUUUAUUUUUCUCAAUAAAUUGUGUACAAUAAGACCAGAAAUAUGUGUUAACAAAGUAAAUAGGGUCAGUUUUGGAUAUAUGUUUGCUUUAAUGCAAGAUGUGUCAGGAUUUUUGUCAAUUUUUUUCAUCAAGUGCAAAUUAUGCCUCAAAACACAUUAAAUGCACGUUUCCAUUUUUUUUUUUUUUUUUUAAAUCUUUUGUUUUUCCGGCCAUUUUAAGAACCUGUAAAGAGCCUGUGAACAAAUUGUAAGUUUUCACUUUAAAGAGGAGUGAAACUUUUUUUUAAAUAUCCUGAUUCUAAAGGAUUGCUGAUGGAAUUUUUGUCUUAAUUUGGAAUAGAUCCAGAAUGAAUCAGAACUGAGAUUCUAAAAGAAAAAGAAGUUUAGUUUAUCUAGUGCAUAAUUAUAAUUUUUUUAAUCUUUUAAAAAAAGCAUUUUUUUUUAUUUUUUUUUUAUUAAAUCAUUAUAAAAAUUCUUCAUUUUUUUUUACUCCGGAUAUUAGUUAUGAUGUCAUGACCAUUGAACUGUGUGGUUCACAGUGAUAUCUGGACACAUGCUAUUGAAAAGUAUGUUCAAAUGCUUUUAAGUAUUUCUUCUGCCCUUUUGUCUCUUUAUGUAAAUGGGAAUGUCUUUUAACAUGCAAUCCAUAACUUAUGUAGCACAACAAUAAUAAUUUUGUUUGUCAUAUGUUUUUAACACUGUAGCUUUGUUUUUAGUGUGGGAGCUCACUCGGGCUCAGCUGUAAUGGAUUGUGUCUUUAAGAGCAGGAUGGAGGAGGUGAUGUGUGCGUGUGUAUAUACUGUAUGUUUAGACUGGACUGAUGUGUUCUACUCUUCAUGUCAGUGUAGUAACUGUUCCAUUCAAGUUCACAAUAAAAAUGAUUACAAAGCU